GUAUUUCAUUCCCCCCUUCAAUCAUUCUAUUCUAUAAUAUAUAUUCCUCUAUUUAAUUUACGAUGGGAGAUCACAAAAGAAUGCCAUCAUUGGAACUCAUGAAAAAAUUUCUCAUUUCCCUUAGACAAAAACACACAAAGCCUGGCUACCAUUUCUUGAUCUAUCUCCUCCUCCUAACCCUCCCUUUCUUAGGGACACUCACUUCCCACUGCUCUGCCCUUAACUUGCAGGACAUGGUCCUAAGCCUCAACCCCGGACAUGUCAUUGCAUCCUCAUGCCUUGUCCUUCUCUUGGGCAUGCUCUACUUCUUGACCAGGCCAAGGGACGUUUACUUGAUGGACUUUGCAUGCUACAAGCCCCCCCCUGCACUGAUGUGCCCUACGGAGAGGUACCUCGAGAGGUCAAGACAGGCCAACAUUUUCACAGAGGAGAAUCUGGUGUUCCAGAAGAAGAUCCUGGAGAGGUCUGGGCUGGGGCAGAAGACCUAUUUCCCAGAGUCCAUUUUGAGCGUCCCCUCAACGGCGUGUUUGGAUGUGGCCAAAAAGGAGGCUGCAGUGGUGAUUUUUGGGUGCGUUGAUGAACUGCUUGGGAAGACAGGGGUGGGGAGUGAGGAGAUUGGGAUAGUUAUUGUUAACUGCAGUUUGUUUAACUCAACCCCAUCUUUCUCUGCCAUGCUGGUUAACCAUUACAAGCUCAAGAGCAGUGUGAAGACCUUCAAUCUUGGUGGCAUGGGUUGCAGUGCAGGCCUCAUCUCUAUUGACCUUGCCAAACACCUCCUUCAGGCGACCCCGAACACGUGCGCCCUAGUAGUCAGCUUAGAGGUUCAGACACUCAACUGCUACUUGGGCAACGACCGCGCCAUGAUCAUGUCCAACUGCAUUUUCCGUCACGGCGGCGCCGCCGUGCUCCUCUCCAACCGCCCCUCCGACCGCCGCCGAUCCAAGUACCAGCUCCUCCGCACCGUUCGGUCAAACAAGGGCGCCGACGACAACAGCUACUCAUGUGUCUUUUUGAGAGAGGACGACGCCGGUGUCGUCGGUGUCGCCCUUUCCAAAGACCUCAUGGGGGUGGCGGGCGAGGCCCUGAAGGUAAACAUCACCACCCUGGGCCCACUCGUCCUCCCCAUCUCAGAACAGGUGAUGUUCUUUCUCACACUUGUCGCGAGGAAGAUUUUCAUAUGUUCUGGGGUCAAGAUAAAGCCCUACAUUCCGGAUUUCAAGAAGGCGUUCGAGCACUUCUGUAUACACGCGGGAGGGAAAGCGGUGCUAGACGCGAUUGAGAAGAAUCUAGAACUUGGGGAGUGGCAUAUGGAACCUUCUAGAAUGACGCUUUACAGGUUCGGGAACACGUCCAGCAGUUCGCUCUGGUACGAACUCGGUUACACAGAGGGGAAAGGGAGGAUCCGAAAGGGAGACCGGGUAUGGCAAAUCGCAUUCGGGUCGGGUUUUAAAUGCAACAGCGCCGUUUGGCGUGCUUUGAAGAAUGUUGAUUCGUCCAUGGAGAAGAACCCAUGGAUGGAUGAGAUUCACCAAUUUCCUGUGCCACUCUGAGGAAAUAAUAGUACCCGAUGAUUUUUUUCUGGAUUCGCCACUUGUACUUACAUGCUUGAUGUCUAAAGAAUUUUCUUCUCAAUGUGAUCCUGCACGUAAAUUAAUAAAGUGAAAUUUGCACUAAAUAGGACUAAAACAU